UACUCGUUGUAAACGGGCCGCUACCUCAGCAUGUAACCGCGCACGACACCAGCAUUCAGCUCACAACAUGGCGGAGGAUCCCGGCGACCCUCUCACAGCAAAAGUGCAAGCGUUGAGCGACAUCGAGCUCGCGGUGCUCAUCUGCCUCGUCGCGGACCAACACUGCAUCGUCGAAGCGGAGAAGGACGCGAUUGACGAUGUGCAGCAGGAGUUGCAACUAGUCGCGACACGUGUGUUUGGACUCACGUGCGCGGUGCUGAACUGCGAUGAACACACCACGUUGGAUGACUUUGGGCGGGGGAUCUUAGUCGAGGAGGAGCGUGGUGAUUAUUUUGGGGAGAGGGGCGUGCGGGCGAGGGAUGAGGUGUCGUCGUCGUUCUCUGGAUCGCCGAAGAACGCUGCGUUUACAUCUCCGAGGUCGUUCACGCCGUUGGAAGGCCGACGCAUUGCGAAUGUAGUCGUGGUCAAGAAUUUGAAUCUGGCGAGCUCGCACGUGCAGAUCCAGGCUCUUGAGCUGAUACGAGGGAAACGCAACUUCACGAGGACGGCAGUACAUGCUGCACCGCGACCAUUCUUGUUGAUCGCGCUGAAUGCGCUCGGCGGUGCGCGCUUGACGCUGCAUCUGUGCGACCAGUUCUUCAUUUCGCACAAACAUCACGUGGAUGACGGGUAUCCGAAUCUAGAGGAUGUCAUGGCUGAGGAUGGGGGUGUUUUUGAAGAUGAUGCAUCGGCGUCUUCUGUUGUGCGCAGGUCGUCGUAUGUGAUGAAGAAACGCGAGGCGCCGGCGGUUUUAAUGUCUACUGAAGACAUCGCGCACCUCACAGCCCUCAUGGGCGAAGUCAAGAUCAGCUCGGAGAUCCAAGCUUAUCUGCACAACGUCGUGGUGUUUAUGAGAUUGCACCGCGCAGUUGCAGGAGGCAUCUCCGCCACGGCAACAAGACACUUGAGUAUAUUGGCGCAUGCUCUCGCUCCGCUCCAUGGACUGAAUUACAUCACACCAUCAUUAGUCGCCCUUGCUGCGCGCAAGAUUUACCCCCAUCGCAUCACCAUCACGACGCCUGAGAAUGAGCGCAGCAUGCAAUGGGGCAGCUCUCUUGAUGCUGUCAAAGCAGUGCUCGAUGGCGUUACGGUGGAAGAUGUUAUUGAGGAAGUGCUGCAGUCGAUCGAAGAACCGCUAUGAGAGUUUGACGAGCAUAUACCCUAUUUCGCAUAUAUACAAAUAUCCAUCCG